UUACAACAUGUAGCUCCUUGGAUCCUCCAGACCCCUCCUCUAACCAGCUCAGCCCAGAAGCGAAAGAUCUAUCCUCUGUGCUUUGUUUGGAAAAAGAUUCUCCCUACAUCGACUCAGCUCUUCCUUUAGUUACUUCCUUCCCUCCUCCUUAUCCACUUUUUUUAAAGCAUACCCUAACAAACGCACCCUUAAAUCUCCAGUCUAUUCCUCUGCCAGCUCCUCCUCAACCUAAUCACAAAAGGAAAUCAACACCACCACCCAUUUGUAUUCCAAAUCCAUGUUUGGCUGCUGAGAUCCCCAAAUCGAGGACUUACGAAAUCCCUUCCAACUAUGUUUCUCCUCAGAUGGUUCUCCCAAAACCUUCUCCUGCUCCAUCCAGGUCCCCAGCAGAAAUGGCUUCUAUCACUGUGUCUCCUUCCAUCUCUUCCUCAGUUCCUUUGAGAGGAGAGCUACUCCCAACCUUCCAAGCCCUGGUAGACUUGCUCCUUCGCUUGGUCCUCUACAUUGUUUUCAUCUGUGUCCCAAGGUUAUUCUCGAUAAGAGAAAGGCAGAGAGAAAUCAAAAGCAAACAAUCAAAGAGAGAUGAGUUGUGUCUUGGCCCCAGUCUGCCUGGAGGCUCUGAUAAAUGUGGCCACGUCAGUAACGGUAAUGCAAUCCGUCGAUCCACCCUCAUUGAACCGGAGCGGCUGAAGGACUUCGGUGAGGAGGAGCUGGUCAAUGGGGAUGUAAAGGUCUAUGGCACCAAGUUGGUGGGGGUUCCUGCUGAGUUCGUGCUCAAGGAGCCCCCUAAAAUCAGACGCAUGAGUGAGUUCAGGAACAACCCCAGACCGCUUGUACCCUUCCUCCGCUUUGAGGACAUCAGCGCCGCAGCCUUCAGGAUCCAGACAGGGAUCCAGAAGACCCCCUGCGCGUACUCCAGACUGUCCAAGCAGUAUGGGAUGGAGAUAUACCUGAAGAAGGAGCACCUGCACUACACAGGCUCUGUGAAGGAGAGAGGAGUCCUGUACCUGCUCAGCUCCCUCACACAGGCUCAGCAGAGGAAGGGUGUGAUUGUUGCCACCGACUGUAACUUCUCCAUGGCCGUGGCCCACCAUGCAGUGGAGCUGAACAUCCCGGUGUUUGUCAUCAUGCCGUCAUGCUGCUCCUCACCUCGCCUCCGGAUCUACAGAGACUACGGUGCCAUGGUUAUCUCCUACGGCAGCAUCGGCCACGACUCCCAGAACCACGCCCGCCAUCUGGCCUCGGAAAACGGUUACCUCUACCUGGAAGAAGUUGAAAAUGAAGCGUACCUGGCAGGACUGGGCACUGUUGGUAUGGAGAUCUACGAGCAAGUGUCCAAACUGGACGCAGUGGUUAUUCCGGCCGCUGGACAGUAUGGUCUACUGGCUGCUGUGGCUGCAGCCAUCAAACACCUCAACUCCCGAACCCUUGUCAUAGGAAUUGAACCUGAAGGUUUCCCUCUGCUGCAACAAUCUCUGAAAAGUGACGGCCCAAUCAAAAACAUGAACAGCAACCCCAAUAAGAAACUCUAUGGAGAUCUUAUGGAGCAUUCACUUGGUGAUAACACCUUCGAGCUGGCAAAGAAACUAGUCGAUAAAGUCAUCUCUGUCAGUGAGGAAGACUCUCUGGUGGCGAUGCUGCGGUUUCAGGAGUUUGAACGCUCCACUGUGGACACAGAGGGAGCCAUGGGACUGGCGGCCAUCUUGGCUGGAAAACUACCAGAGCUGAAAGGCAAAAGGGUCGCUGUAGUGGUGAGCAGUGCUAACAUGGAGCUGGAGCUGAUGAGGCAGUGUUUGGACCGGGCCCUGGUGCUGGAUGAUCGGGUCAGCAAGUUCUCCGUGCAGCUGGGGGAAUAUCCAGGAGAGAUGGCUAAGCUGCUGGACCUCCUGUCCAGAGAGGAAGUCAGGUUGUUGGAUGUCUGCCAACGGAGACAAAGUGACAAGUCAGACCUCUUCAAGGCAACGGUGGAGUGUGUGGUGGAAACCAGGGAUAAGACACAGAGCAUUCAGCUACGCAAGGUCCUAGCUGAGCGCUACCCCUCUAUAUGCUGGCUGGACCGAUGAUGACAACACAACAUGAACACAAAGACUAGGAAACGGAAAAAUAACAUUAUGUGACACAUUAAUAAAAUGAGAGCUGUCGUGCAUACACACCCUGUAACAUACACUACUACAAUAUAUGAACUCUGUUGUAGGAAUAUCAUUAAGACAGUGGGUAAGCAAACCUAAGUGUAUACAGUAAAGCCUUGAGAUUAUGUAGAGAAUGCUAUUCAUAUAACUCCAAUUAUGCUGCUAUUGUUCUUUAAUUAUGCCCCUGUGUAAUUAUGGUAAAGUGCAUAGGCUGUAUUCAGAAGAUGAAUAUAAGACUUAUAGUCCACAGAGCCAAGCAGCGAAUAGUUACUCCUUCUUAAAGUAAGUACACACUAUGCAACUUCCUAAAACACCUGCAUCAAAUAUGUAUUUUUCAAUCCGUGUUGUUUUUUUUGUAUAUAAUUCUGUGUUUAUUCUGCCUGAAACGAGUACAAAUUGUAAAAAGUGUUCUCCAAAUAAAGAAUUGUCUGUCUAUGA